AUGAUGAAUUAUAAGUUUGUUUCUCCAUAUGUUACACAACUGUUUCAGAGAACACCAGAAGAAAAUGCAAUAUAUCUCUUUGAAGACUUCUCAUUUACAAAAUAUGAUUUAAUUUUCUUUCCGAUUUCCAACCUUAGAACGGAUCACUUAUGUCAUUGGUCGUUGGUCGUUUGGUGCUCUGGAAAGAAGAAUCGUUUCCUCCAUUUUGAUUCUUUAAAAAAUAGAAACAUUAUACCUGCCAAAAACUUUGUACAAAAGAUUAUACAUUGCUUAAAGAUCAAGUCUUACUCGUUCAAAAAUAUGAAGGGACCAAUUCAAGAUAAUACAACAGAUUGUGGUAUGUAUUUGAUGGCAAUUAUGGAUGAAAUAGCAACCACAAGAAAGGUCUCUGAAGAAAUGAAGACGAAAAUUACACCAGAUUACAUCAAAAAUUUCAGAACUUUACUAUCUCAAUGCAUUGCUAACUAUAACACAACAUUGAAAGGAUGGGAAUGCUAUAGAGAAAUGUUGACGAACUGA